UUUGUUGUGUUUGACAAUUUGACAAGUUAAUUAAUCGCGAGAUCGCGACUUUACUCAAACCGUGAUAUUUUAUUAGUAGUAAAACAAAAUAAUAAUGUUCUUGUGAAUAUAUAAUGGCAAAUAUAGAUCAAACUCAUUGUAGAUUCUGUGCCGAAACAAAAGCAUCCAACAAACUGAUAAAUCUUGUUAAAGAUAGAGAAAAAUAUGAAGAAAUAUUGCAUAAACUGACCGUCUUGAAUGCAGUUUAUGUUGAUUUUUCUAAUAAUAAUAACAACCUAUUACCCAAGACUAUUUGCUUAGUGUGUUACGAAUCUUUAAAUAAAGCAAUAGAUUUUCUCGAAAAGGUGAAACGAUCGCAGGAAGUAUUGAUAAAUUUAUUCAUAACCAAUGACUGCACAAAGACAGAUAUAUCUGACGAUGAUAGAAUGGGUUUCGAUGACUACGGUUUACCAGAAUCAGUUGGGGAAACUUCACCAUUAAUUAAACAGGAAGUAAGUUACCCAGAAAAUGCAAAAGUAGUUUUAAAUUUGGAUAACAUUACUUAUAAUGUUUUGGAAGUCAAAGAAGAACUGAAGGUGGAAGAAACAGAUAAGGCUCCAGAAAAUGUCAGUGAAAGUCCGUCCAAUGUAGAGUUCGACAACACUCUUAAUGUUCAAGACCUGCUUGGGGCGACGAUAUGCAAUGUGCCAUAUGAGUCCGAUUUAACAAUAUAUGCUAAAGAGGUGACUGAUACAAGGAAGAGAAUAGUCCCUUUGUGGAAAGACUACCCAUGGAUAUGUGCACACUGCAAUAUGGAGUUCCUUGAUUUACCAUCAUUACGAUCUCAUUCCAAAAUAGCUCAUGGCAAAUGUAACGCUUUUGUAUGUUUUGAUUGUAAGAGCUAUGUGAAAAGUGAUUUUGAAUCCUUUUUAAAGCAUGUGCGUAGACACAGGAGAAGAUUAAGAAAAAGAUGCCACUACUGUGAUGCAUACAUGUCAGAAGAUUUAUUAAGUACUCAUGUUGCACAACAUCUUGUUAAAUUACAAGUCCCUUGUGACCUCUGCGGGGAGAUUUUGAAGAAUGAAGAGGCAUUACAAAAGCAUUUAGGUGAUUACAAUUCUAUGAAACCAAAACGUAAACCUCGGAGAAAACGAGGUACACCAAUCACAGUGGCCGAACUAACCUGCGAGUUGUGUAAAAAAGUAUACAAGAAUCCCAACAGCCUAAGGGAUCACAUGAAACUCCAUACAAACAACCGUACAAAGAACUACACUUGUGACAGAUGUGGGAAAAUGUUUUACAAUAAAGGCACCCUUACAUCCCACAUUAUGUCGCACGAUCAGAUCCGGCCGCACACGUGCAAGAUCUGCAACAAGUCGUUUUUAUUUCCAAACAUGUUACGCAGACACGUUGACAUGCAUUCAGGGAUCAAACCAUUCUCGUGCGAAGAGUGUGGACGUGGAUUCAGACUGUUAUAUCAGCUGAACGCUCACAAAAUAAUUCACACGGAUGCAAUGCCUUAUGUUUGUGAAUAUUGUAAUAAGGCUUUCCGUUUUAGACAGAUCCUUAAAAAUCAUGAACGACAGCAUACCGGGGCUAAGCCGUACGCCUGUCAGAUCUGCGGCAUGGAGUUUACUAAUUGGUCAAACUACAACAAACAUAUGAAAAGACGGCAUAAUACUGAUACAUCUAAGAAAAAAAUAACCCCCGAAGGGGUUUUUCCCGUUAACCCACAAACUGGGCAAAUUGUACAAUUCACAGACCCUGAUACAGAGGAGUGGAAAAACAAGAUAAUGAAACCGGGAAAGAGAGGAAAGAAGAAACUAAUAAAGGAAGAGAGUGGAAGUUAAUCAAGACAUUGUGAAGAGGCUUAUAGAUUAAAAAAAAAACUAUAAAGUAUAUGA